GGACUGAAAACACAAAUAAAAGCGGAAUAAAAACAAACAUGGGCGGUAAAAAUAAACAGAGGACUAAAGGAAAUGUUCGGCCAUCCAGCAGUGGGAGAGCAGCAGAAUUAUUAGCUCGGGAAAGUGGCGUCGUUCCUGGAUUCAUUGGAUUCGGGAUUUCAACCUCAAAUGACCCAGGAUAUGUGCCUGCAGUCCAUGGGGCAGAGGAAAUAGACAAUCUGGUGGAUGCAGAUUUUCGUCUGGUGUUGAGAAAAUUGUCAAAGAGAGACGUUGUGACAAAAUUAAAGGCGGUACAAGAAUUUGGAGCUAUGUGUCAAGAGCGUGAUUCAGACACAGUAAAAGGGGUUCUUCCGUAUUGGCCGCGUAUUUACUGCAAAAUAUCACUAGAUCAUGACCGACGAGUUCGAGAAGCCACACAGCAGGCAUUUGAGCAGCUGAUUCUGAAAGUCAAGCGAAACCUCGCCCCGUACCUUAAAGGAAUAAUGGGCCACUGGCUUAUAGCUCAGUGUGACACCUAUGUUCCUGCUGCAUCCGCUGCUAGUGUUGCCUUUCAGGCUGCCUUCCCCCUCAACAAACAGCCAGAGGCUCUCAGCUUCUGCAGAGAUGAAGUUCUUAAUGUGCUUCAGGAUAAUUUGUUGAAGGAGACAGCAGACACGCUCAGUGACCCACAGAGUGUGCCAGAGGAGGAGCGAGAGGCCAAAUAUGUGCGUGUUCUGACCAGCUCCCUGCUGGCCCUAAAAAAGCUGCUUUCAUCUUUACCCAAGUCUGAUUACGAAGCCUGUAGUCAGCGGCUGGCUCACAUCAUUGAACAGGCUAAGUUUUGGAAGUACAGCAAGCACAAAUCCCCACAGCUCAGAGGGGCGUUCUUCGAGACAGUAGCUGCUCUGUGUGAAUUAACUCCUCAGCUUCUUCAGGCUGAGGCACCUCGAGCCUGUUCUGCUGUGCUCCUCAGUAUAGAUGAUUCGGACCCGAUGGUCCUUCCGCCACUGUGGGAGGCUGUGCUACAUGUUCUCAGCAGCAUACAGGACUGUUGGACACAUGUCAGUGCUAGGAAAGGGGUUUUACCCAAGCUGUGGGCACUGUUAAAAGAUGGGGGUAGGGGCCUUGCCACAGCUCUGCACCCCAACAUGCUUCCCUUUAUCAGCAAACUGCCAGCAGAGGUCACCGAGCCCACACUUGACUUUUGUAACACGUUUAUCUCUUCCAUCAUACAAGGUCUGUCCAGUGAGCGUGCAUUAGGCAGUCCUUCCGAAUGUGCAGCCAUCGUCUUUGCUACCAUGGAGUGUCUGCGAUUCCUUCUACUGCAGAAUUCAGGAGAGGAGCCGGAGCAGCGAGGCAUUCAGAAUGCACUCAUCUCACAGCAGCUCCUGCCUUUGAUAGAGAAAGCUCUAGGAAGCCAGGCUUUGCAAAGCGGACCUCUCUUCCAUCAGAUCACAGAGAUGCUGGUCUCGUGGGAGAAGCGAGCAGCCGGGAACGAGGCCGCCACAUUCCGGAGGCUUCUGGCAGACUUCUGGGAGGGUUUAGGCAGCCUUUGCGUGCGCUGGGUAGAUCGCGAGGAGCCGCAGGUGGAGCAGCUGGCACUGAAGGGCAUAGCCUCUCUACUGCAGAUCAUGCACAACCCAGCCAGCUGCGCCGCAAAGUGCAGACGGAAGAAGGCUGUCAAAAUCUGCCUCUCGGAGCAGGAAGGGAAGGCCCAAGUGGAGGAAAAUCUAAGCCAAACACCAGAGAUGGAGACCUUACAGGUGCAGGAGAUGCAGGAAUCUCCCCUGAGAAGCAGCCACCUGCUGGAUCUGGUUUGCCAGCUGGCCGAGCUGAACAUGGUGUAUGUAAGCGAGCGCUGCUCAGAGAGACACCUGCGAUUCCUGGCUCUGCUGCUCCAGGCAUUCCCAAAAGCUCAAGUGUUCCAGACACUGCUGAAGCCUGAGGAUGUGAAGCUGGAAGCGGAAUUGCAGCCAGAGCUGCGUUCAUUGUUCGGGAACCCAGCCAUCUGUUUCCUCCUGCAGAGGGUGGUGGUGUGGCUCAGGCAGGACGAUAGGAAGGAUACAGAAUUUCUAGUGGACAUGGUGUUUAGUGCCCUGAAAUGCUGCGAUUCAAGAGCAGAACAGACUCUCAUCCUCAACCACAUCACCGUAGACCUGAAAUGGGGUGUAAUUCUACAGAUCAUCCAAAAGGCAUGUGCUGAUGCUGGUUGUUUGGAGAUGUGUGCAGGAUGGUUGAAAGGCUCAGUGUUGGGUGAGCGCUUGGUAGGUCUGGCUGGUGAACUGUGCGCCAUUUGGCUGAAAGGUUCACCCUCCAACUCUUCCAGCGUGACCCAGCACGACCACAGCUGGCCGCUCAUCAGUCUGGCGCUCUCUCAGCAACACAAUAAUGAAUCUCUGAUUGGUAAGGCGUAUGUGGAGCAGAUCAUUGCACUGCUGCAUGCUACACUGUCAGAGGCGAAGGGCAUGUCUGACGCUGGUAACAUGGAACCACUGGUCUCCUUCAUAUCAGAUGUGGCUUUUAACUUCUUCUCUUCGCUGAAAGGCUGCCUCGUCCUGGCCGCCGCUGAGGAGCUGCUGCUCACCAUCUUCCGGCUGUGUGCCCAGGACCCGACGCAAACACACCUCUCAGAUGCUUUGUUGCAGAAGCUAAAAAAUACAUACACUGCUGGUGUGUACUCACUGGUCACCCAGUUUGGUGCUGGCCUAACAAAGGGCACCUUCCUCCACAGUGCUGCAGUCUGGGUCAAGAACCAACUUCUCACCUCUAGCCUUAAUGUAAAAAGUCUUCAGGUGCUGGUACAGGCGGUCCAGACUAUGACCGAAACAGUGGUCUCGGCCCAGCCGGGGGGAAAUCUGGUAUCUCAGUUCAUCUGCUGCCUUACUCCUACAGAUGAGGAGUGGACCUCACUCAGACAGGCCCUGCCCUCUCAGUGGGUAAAGCGUCCCAUACUGCAUGGAUGUUUGAGAGCGAAUUGUGAGUGUCCCUGUGUGGAAGUGUGGAAGGUGAAGGCACUUGGCAGACUCCCCGUACACCUCUGUGUCAGCGCUUUGCUGGGAAAGAUUAUCUUCACUGCAGUACCUGUGGAUGAACAACAGGUGGAGACAGAGACAUCAGAGCUGCCUGAUCUCAGCUACACAGUGGCAGAAAUCCUUUAUGCACUGCAGUGGUGUGAGGAGAUGGCAGACAGCCCUGCCAUGGUGUCCGAUUAUCACAAACUGCUCAAAGACUGGGACAUAGCUAUGACGCCACACACAGAGAACUCAGCCAGAGUUGGACUUCUAGAAACCCUGUUCACAAGAUCACGAGAAGAGGGUGCCCUCUGGUCCCUGACUCUGGAAAGCUACAUUCGGAAUUCCAAACCUGUCUGCAGUGCCAUUAAGGGUCUCUAUGAUAAUGUGGAAAGUUUCUUCCCUCUGUCAGAGAAAAAUUUAAACACUAUCCAGGUGCUCUGUCCAUAUCUGGCUACUACAGAAAGAGAGGCACUUGUUGCACUGUCCAUUGCUGAACUGCUGAACUGGCAGGAAAAAAAACAAGACUGUGCUGAAAGUGUUUGGGCGUGUUUGGCCGUUCUGCACAGCUGUCUGCAGACUGAGACUCCUUUUGAGGAGGAGAUUCUGCUGGCUGUCAUAGCCACCAUGCUGGAGUGGCGAAACAGCAAAGAGGAUUGGUUUCUUUUUAACCGUGACCUGGGCAAAGCAACUUCGCCACAGCUGUCCCUGUGUGUAGAGAUGAUGCGAUUUCUGUGCUGGGUAGUGAAGCAUUCACCCACAGUUCUCGACAGUACUCACUGGGACUUCCUUCUCUGCUCUAUGAUGGCCUGGUUGGAGACUGCCAGUGAGAGCAGCAGGGCUUUCUGGAAUCCAUGGGUGCAGCAGUUUGUGCUUGCUAACUGUGAGCUAAUUGUUUCCCUGACUGAGCUCUUUACAGCCAUGCCUGCUGGCGUGGUCGAGAAGCUGCCAUCGGAGCUCAACUCAGAAUGGCAGGAGUUCUUUGUGGAGGGAAUCCACUCCUUAUUCCUGCCCCUGUUAGUCAAAAUUCCUGUGGAGUUCUCAGAGCCGGAUGAGCUGACGUUUCCCGUGGCUGUGGUGGAGGCAGUGGGUGAAGCUCUCACGCAUAUUCCUGUCCAGCUGCUCACACACAACACACUGCCAGCUCGUUUUGUGGCUGACCAAAAAAGCAACCUGCCCGAUGCCCUGCAGACGCUGCUCAACACACUCACACCACUGCUUCUGUUCAAGAGCCGGCCACUGCAGCUCGCUGUCUACCACAUACUUCACAAGGUGAUGCCUUUACUACCAGAAAGUGACCAUGAAAGUGCCAAUGCCAAAUCUGAAGAUGAAGAUGACAAAGAGCCAUCCCUGCCUCCUCCAGCUGCAAUAAUGAGAAUACUCACAGCCACAGAGGAGCUGUUGGAGAAUAUUUUGGGUAAUGUACAGGUGGGCGAGUUUGCUGUUGUGCAGCCCCUCAGCAUGGAGCACUGUUGCAUUCUGGGAUAUCUGUUGGCUUGGAAACUGCUUCUCACCUUUUUCAAAGCUGCACCUUCUCAGCUACGUGUCCAGUACUCUUUGCAUUUAAAGAGGAGUCGUUCACUGCACAAGCUGUUACUUCAUCUUUUUCGGCUCAUGCCGGAGAACCCAAUGCUCCCUGGACAGCCCAUAGAUUCAGUCAGCAGAGAGACCAAAAGCUUCUUCACUGAGAGUCUGUCACUUUCCCUGCAGCAAAAGCAAUGCUUGCAGUCUGAGGUUCCACACUUGGCCUGCUCUGUGUACUACAGUGCUCUGAAGGACCUGCCAGCGAUGGUGCGUCUGUGGUGGAACAGUCAGGAGAAGCGUGUAGUGAGCACUGUAGACAAAUUCACCAGUAAAUAUGUGAGCAGCGUGCUGUCGGCCCAGGAGAUUGCCUCAGUCCAGUCCAGCACGCAGACCUUUGACAGCAUGACGGUUAAAGCGCGUUCGGCCACCCGAGAGGUUAUAGCGACGUACUCUGUGGAUGACAUCUUUAUUGAGUUAGUGAUUCAGCUACCUCAGAACUAUCCUCUGGGCUCCAUCACUGUGGAGAGCGGCCGCAGGGUCGGAGUGGCGGUUCAGCAGUGGCGCAAUUGGAUGCUGCAACUCAGCACUUACCUUACACAUCAGAACGGCAGUAUCAUGGAAGGACUGUCUCUGUGGAAGAAUAACGUUGAUAAGCGCUUCGAGGGAGUGGAGGACUGCAUGAUCUGCUUCUCUGUCAUCCACGGUUCCAACUAUUCACUUCCCAAGAAAGCCUGUCGCACAUGUAAAAAGAAGUUCCACUCAGCGUGUUUGUAUAAAUGGUUCACAUCAAGCAACAAAUCCACAUGCCCCCUGUGCAGAGAAACCUUUUUCUAAAUGUUUGUACUGGACAGUUGACUGAACUGUGGAUAUGCACCAUCUUGAAGAAAGAAGGUAUAUAACUAUGAGCAGGAGAAGAAAAAAAACUCCUUGCUACAGCAUUUGUAUAUAAAAUUCUAUACAUGUAAUUUUAAGGUGACUCUAAUUGUUCUGGGAUGAGCAGAAUAAUAUUAUGAAUCAAAUGAAUGACAAAUCUGCAGUUAUGAUGAUUCCCAUUCACUCACAUUAUAAAGGGUGGGUUGUCUGAGCUUUGAGAUAUACCUCCAAGCUGUUUUUCAUUUUUGAAUCCAUGGACCUGACCAGAUUGAACUACCUUGAUUGUUCUAUUCAGACUAAAUACUUGCAAAAUGAUGUUACUUGAUUCUUAAACGCAAAUCUCACAUAUGCCCUAGUGAUAUGGAAGAUGUAUAUGACGUUCCCAACUAUACUAAUAAGCCUGUGUUUCAUCCAUAAAGAAAAUAUUUUUCUAUUAUAAAAUUUAUGUGCAUUAAAAUAUGGUGUGUUUAUGCUAGGGACCAUGCUAAUCAAUUGAGCAGAACCACCCUGUAAGAUAUUUGAUUUAUAGUUCUGUUAAAUUAGGUUCUUCUUGUCAUUCGCAUAAACUCAUCAGUCGUGCUAAUGUACAGAAUCUUGUGUAAUCCGAGAUGCACGUUAGGUCUGAAAUUUACACAUUUAUUUUGCUUUUAUCUGCCUACUUAAGGUCUCUUAGGGGCAUAAUAAAUUGGUGUUUGUGAUGCUGGUAUAUCAAAUGGUUGCCUUAAUUGAAUGCCAGUAAAAUAAUUUGCAAAUAAGUGUUUUAGUCUCUGCUGUGAUCAUUUUAACCAGGUUCCAGUUCCAGGUGUGUGUUUUCCACACUAUUUAAUGUUUGUAGUUUGUAGACUGCAUAAGGAAGGGAAAAAUCUUAACUAUAUUUACAUAUUUAAAACUAUCAAAUUAUUAUUGUCGUUUUUACUGAUGAAUUAUGCACCUUUCAGAUAUCUAAAAUUACCUAAUUUUCUGCUUUUAAAAAUAGCCAAACAUGACUGUUUCAUGUUAGACACACUAAUGAUUAAACCUCAUCUAAAACAGUCACUUUAUUGUAAAUAUUUAAGGGAGUUUGUCAUUGAGGAUAUCUGUGUUUAGAAGCUCUGGAUUCCCUGCUGUUUGUUCCUCUUGUGUAUAUUUACCUAAAGCUUAGUCUUUUAAACAUGUUUAGCAUUUGGUUCAAUGUCAGGUAAAUAACACGGACGUUCCCAGCUUAUUGUAGAGCUUAUUGCCUACAAUUGUGUGUAGUUAUUUUGGUGUCUCGGCAGCAGCAUUUUUGAAAGCAUUGUCUUUUUUGCUGUGAUAAAUGUUCAAUAAAAGACUUUUGCCUUUUUA